AUGGGAUUGUUUGAUUUCUCUCUGACAAGAUACAAACUUUUACUACAGGCCGAUAUAGACAAUAGCGGCACCACUGACUAUGGGGAAUUUGUUGCUGCUACUUUGCAUCUGAACAAAGUGGAGAAGGAAGACCAUCUAUUUGCCGCAUUCUCAUACUUCGAUAGAGACGGAAGUGGCUAUAUCACUCAAGAUGAGCUUCAACAAGCCUGUGAGGAGUUCGGCAUAAAGGAUGUCCGCUUGGAGGAAAUGAUCCAAGAAGUUGAUCAGGACAAUGACGGUCGCAUUGACUACAACGAGUUCGUGGCGAUGAUGCAAAUGGGGGAUGCUGAUCUUGGGACAAAGGGUCUAAAGAGCAGGAGUUUCGGAAUCGGUUAUAGAGAAGCACUGUCCGUCUGUUAACACAGGGAAACGCCCCGCUCAAACGGUGUCCAUCCGGUAGAUGGAGCCAGGGUCCACUGUCGUCAACAGUGACUAUUCACCCGGUCCACGGUCAGCCUGGUGCGAACAAGUACUCUACGUCGACAAGCGAGCGAGGCUAUCCAACUUCUUCUCCUCCUUUUAAGUUUAUUUUUUUACGGGAAGGUUACUUGUAUAGAAGUGCCAAAACGUUCAACGUCAGCAGGUGCUGGUAAAUAGAACAAAAAUCCUUCAAUUUUUCCUUGGUGA